CAUUUUUGUUGCGGUGAACUCACCUGGAGUCGAGGAUGAUGCUCAAGAAAGUGCGAUUUAAGGACCUUCAUGUGUCGCAGGGAGACAGCUCAGUGGACAUGGACCGACUGAACAGGAACAUGCCCGAGUGUGGACGGCAAACCCACCAGGUGUUACAGAGCACUCCACUGGAUCUAUUUGAGACUGGAAAGGGGCUGAAGUUCCAGGCAGAGCGCCCCCAUCUGGUCAGCCUGGGCAGUGGACGACUGAGCACAGCCAUCACCCUGCUGCCCCUGCCUGAGGGCCGGACCACACUGGGUCAUGGUCCCAUGGACAUCAACAUCCAGGGCCCCGGAGUGGCUGCCCAGCACUGCUACAUAGAGAACAGGUCAGGGGUCAUCACGCUACACCCCUGUGGGAACCUCUGUGCUAUAGACGGGCGCCAGGUCACACAGCCCGUCCGCCUGUCACAAGGCUGUAUGCUGUGUUUUGGCCAGUCCGCCUUCUUCCGCUUCAACCACCCUGAAGAAGCCUUCAGGAUGAAGAGCAUGGUGCCCCAGGGAGGGAGUGUCUCCACCGGGGACUACAGACUAUGUCCAGACACGGAGAGCCUGGUCAAUGGGAAUCACCAGGCCAGUCCAGCCCAGUCUCCCCCAGCUCCUGGAGAGAGAGUCCAGUCUGAGCACAGUGCAAUCGUCAGCUCUAUUGAGAAGGACCUCCAGGACAUCAUGGACUCCCUAGUCAUGGAUGACCCCCAGCCUUCGUCCUCGGAGGGCAAAAAGCCUCCAGGAGGCGUUCCCCACUCCCCCCUGUCGCCCAUGGUCAAUGGAGGGGGCCGGUACUUGCUCUCCCCUCCUACCAGCCCAGGGGCCAUGUCCGUGGGGUCCAGCUAUGAGAACACAUCCCCACCCUUCUCUCCGCUCUCCUCCCCCUCAGCGGCCAGCAGUGGGAGCUUCACAAGCCCGUCUCCUAGUGGAGGACCCCAGGACCAGAGUUCCUCUCUGCCGCCAGUGCCUGUACGCUCCUCUAGCUACAACUUCACCACCCAGCCUCCGCCUGUACCCCAGCCACGGACCAUACUGCCUAACUUCAGCAGCGGUGGGGUGGGUCAGAAGGUUCAGGAAAGCCCCAGGCUGCAGAGGAAGGUCUUAACCGAGGCCCCUCCAAGUCCUAAGCCGAGUCGCAGAGGACUAGGCCAAGAUGGGUCUGAGAGCCCUCGACAGACUCCUCUGUCUUCUAAUGAAUCUCUCAGUAGUAGAAACAUUGUGCCAAGUAGCCCCAGACUCACCCCCAAAUUUCCUACCUGUCCAUCCCCGUCUCCCUCCAGUUCCAGGACCAAGGCAACCACAGUGCUCCAGGAAAGGCCUGCCAGCCCUUUCAGAGAGCAGACCAGUCUAGCUGAUUGCCCCCUAACCUCCAGCCCCUCCAGGCAGCUUUCCCAACCCACCAGAGCCUUCCAGCCUCCCCUGGACCCCAUCGUCCACAUCAUCCAAGGAUCGCCGCUCCAGCAGCAUCAGCGCUCGCUGCAGCCCCCUGAAAGCCCUCGCAUGGCCAGGAGAAACAUGGAGCUGAAUGGCGGCGGUGUAGGGGUCAGCAGUAUGAGAGAGCUGCCACCUCUUAGCCCCUCAAUGGCUCGGAGAGGGGUCCCGGUACUCCCAGGGGCGCUCCCAGGGACGGUCCCCACCUUGAGGACUCCAGAUAGCCCCUCAAGUCUGGGCAAGCUUAUCCCAGAAAGUCCCAGGCUCCGACGCAAGACUGGAUCUACAUCUGAGGAGCUGACGUGCAGCAGGGGCAUCCGGGACCGCAGUCCGUCGCCCACCUCCAUGAUGAUGGAGGGCGGCGGCGGUGCCGGUGCACGGAAGGCUAGCUUUGGGAAUGCCUUGUCACCUGCUUACAGUCUGGGCUCCCUACCCGGCUCGUCUCCAGUCGCCAGCCCCAGGACCCACAGAAAGAUGUCCGCAGGGAGACCUCACCCCGGGAUGAGGGAGAGGAAGAACAGCAUCACGGAGAUCAGCGACAACGAGGACGAGCUGCUGGAGUACCACCGACGACAGAGAGAGGAGAGGCUCCGAGAGCAGGAGAUGGAGAGACUGGAGAGACAAAGACUAGAGACCAUCCUGAACCUCUGCGCUGAGUACAACAAAGGAGAGAGCACCGGCCUGGACCCCCUGGGCUCAGGAAGGACAGGUUUCCCCGGAGGACUCGCAGAUGGCAUGGGGCGGAGACCGUCCAUGGAGAACGUCCUCGGAGGGACAGCGUCCUCGGCCACGCUUCGCCUGCUGCAGAGACAGAGAGAGAGCGACGAGGAGAACCUGAAGGAGGAGUGUAGUAGUACAGAGAGCACUCAUCAGGAGGUGAGGACAUCUCCUGCUCUCAGCUCAGCAUCCGCACUGCACAAUGGAGACAGACAGCACGAGGACUCGUCCAGCUCAGGCGGCGCAGGUCGUCAGGAGCUGGGUUACCUGGAAGACGAGCGGGUUCGCGUCCUCGCUCGGAUCGAUGAGCUCAAAAGCCGCCUGACAGAACUGGAGCAACAACUCCAGGAGUCCAAACAAGAGGCAGAGAUGGAGCGCGCUUUGCUGCAGGGCGAGAGGCAGGCGGAGCUCGACCAGAUAGAGGCCGAAACGGACAUCAUCACUCAGCUGCAGCAGAAGCUGGACGAGCUGGAGAGCGCCAUCCAGAGGGAGAAAGACAAGGAGAGGGCUAAUGUUGAGGCCGAGCGCCGGGCCCUGCAGAGCCUCCAGGAGGGCUACGCUGAGUUGGAGAACCAGCUUCAUAACUGUCCCGAGUCCCUGCGGGAACAGUUGCAGGAACAGCUCAAAAGGGACGGCGAGGCGUUGGAAACGGGAACCAAAAAGUUUGAGGACUUGGAGUUUCAGCAGCUGGAGAGAGAGAGCAGCCUGGAGGAGGAGAGAGAAACCAUCAGCCAGCAGCUGCUCCAGGAGAGAGCCGAGUACCACAGCAGCGUGGCCAAGAGGAAGGAGAAGGUGUCUGCUCUGGAGAACCAGGCCAACCAGCUCGGUCUGCAGGCGUCUCAGGAGUGCGAGCGGCUGGCCAAAGACAGGACUCUCACACUGCAAAUGCUCCAGAAGGAGAAGGAGAGGCUGUCGGCGCUGGAGAAGAGAUACCACAGCCUGACGGGUGGGAAGAGCUUCCCCAAAUCCUCCUCUGCAAUGAGGGAGGAGUAUGUGACAGUGGGCCAGUUAAAUCAGAUGUACGGGAUGCCAAAGGUGGAGUCGUCCCCGACUUCCCCGCUCCGCCAGCCCCUGCAGUCUGGAGCAGUAGACCCCGCCUUCUCCUGCCUCCCCUCUCCUCACGGCUCCUCCCUCUCUCUCUCUGUGGAGUACCAGUCUGAGGGCGGCAGGCCUCACCUGCCCAAACUAGAUUUAGAGCAGUGGUACCAGGAGCUGAUGGCUGGCUCCAGCCCGCUCUGUGCUCCCCCUCUGCCAGCCAAGUCGCUGUCAGGCCGCAGGCCUGUGCUGCAGGUGUUCCGCUCCAAGCUGGACGGCGAUCAGCCUAAACUGGGCUCUGCGUCCCCUCUGCAGCACGGAGCAGCGACACUGGGACGCAACUCCAGCUCAAAGAGCCCCCUGCUGGUAGCCAACAGCACUGGCAGUCUGCCCAGGAACCUGGCUGCAACCCUGCAGGACAUCGAGACCAAGAGACAGCUGGCUCUGCAACAGAAAGAGCCCCAGACCUCCAGACUGAUCUCCAUGGAGGGAAGCUCAGCAGGUCAGCAGGUGAUCGAGGAGCAGCGACGCCGUCUGGCGGAGCUCAAACAGAGAGCGGCGGUGGAGGCUCAGUGUCAGUGGGAGGCGCUCCACGGCUCUCAGUCCCACCUCAUGACGUCGUCCUCCCCGUCGCCCUCCUACUCCCCGAUCAUGUCCUACAGCCCGGCGCUGAGCCACAGCUCUGCAGGCGCUCCGCCUCUGGUUCAUCACUCCAUCCUGCACCACCAGCCCCCGUCGGCCGGGGAGCAGCCCUACGACACCCUGAGCCUGGAGAGCUCCGACAGCAUGGACACCAGCGUGUCCACGGGGAACAACUCGGCCUGCUCGCCAGAUAACUUGUCCAGUGUCGGAGGAGUGGACGCGCUGAAGAUCGAGGAGAUGGAGAAGAUGCUGAAGGAGGCGCAGCUGGAGAAAGCCAGACUUAUUGAAUCGCGGGAACGAGAGAGCCUGGCUCGCCGUCAGAUGCUGGAGGAGGAGAGGAGGAGGAGGGAGGAGGCGGAGAAGAGACUGCAGGACGAAACUUUCCACCGGCAGCAGCUGGUGGAGAAGGAGGUCAAGAUGAGGGCCAAGAACUUCUCUCAGGCGCGUCCUAUGACUCGUUACCUGCCCAUUCGAAAGGAGGAGUUCGACCUGCGCUCCCACGUGGAGUCGUCGGGCCACAACGUGGAGACGUGCUACCACAUCCUCCUCACGGAGAAGAUGUGUAAGGGCUACCUGGUGAAGAUGGGAGGCAAGAUCAAGUCCUGGAAGAAACGCUGGUUCGUCUUCGACCGCCUCAAGAGGACCUUCUCCUACUAUGUUGACAAACACGAGACCAAGCUGAAGGGUGUGAUCUACUUCCAGGCGAUAGAAGAGGUCUAUUACGAUCACCUCCGCAGUGCCACGAAGAGCCCGAACCCCUCCCUGACCUUCUGCGUAAAGACCCACGACCGGCUGUACUACAUGGUGGCCCCGGCAGCAGAGGCCAUGAGGAUCUGGAUGGACGUGAUCGUCACGGGAGCGGAGGGAUACACACAGUUCAUGAACUGAGAGACGCGGCACAGAGAGCACAGGUGACGAGCAGAUCGUUUCGGCAGGGACUCUCCCAUCACUGACUCUACAGGUCCUUCCUGUUUCCAGUCCGCAGCGGACACAACGCCUUGUUUGUUACGUUUCAUUUCUAAUCUCACACUUUGAUUUUACUAUGUAGACGUUUUCACCUCCACAUUUUCUACGUGAUUCAGUUUGGAUUGAAAAAGGGAGCCCUCGGACACACAAACACACACACACACACCUGUAUAUAAACCAAAAUGUAUACCCGUCAAAGACUUUAAAAAAGCCUUUCUAUAUUGCCAAAUGGAGAUCUUAUAGUUACUGUUUGUUGAACCUUUUGUAUUAUUUGUUUCCUUCCUUUUUUUUUUUUUUACGUAUAGAGAAAAUUGCCAAAUGACAUAAUGCCAAUGUUUUAUUUGAGUGUUCCAUCGUGAUUAUGCUCAGUUUAGACAGAAAGAGUAUAAAAGAUUCAAUUUUAAGGGUUAAUUAAUUAAGAAAUGUAUUUGAAAGUAUCUUUUUCAAAAUGUAUGAAUUAUAUGGGAAAUAACUGAAAUCAGUCAGCGGGGACGAGACAUGAUCUGUAACACGGUAAAACAUUGCAUCCUCUGCAGGUCGCUUCACCUCAGUGCUGCUCCAAUAAACUAAAGACUAAAUCACGAGCAUCAUAAAUCACGAGCAUCAUAAAUCACGUGCAGCGUCCACAGCGCAGAAAAGUGUCCACAGCUACAUCCUCCUCACAUUAUUUCACGCAGGCUUACCAAAGUAACUGUAGGUAUUUUGUUUGUUACAGCUCAGGAGUUCACUCUGCAGUUCUCGCUGUGGUUCAACCAAUACGGGCUUUCAAAAGCCGGUUCUGGCGUUUAAUAUAUUUAAAUAUCACAAAAAGCGCCAGAAAACACCGAAUAAUGAAACACUGAAAGGAUGGGCACGUGAGUUUGACAUCCUGGAACAAGUGAUAAAUGAAGUGUAAUUCUACAAAUGUCAAACUUUUCCUUAAACAGAAUCAUUUGACACUUUACUCUCAAGAUUUGCAAAGUUUUUUUUGCAAAAGAAAAGAUUGGUACCACUCUCAUGUCUGUAUGCUAAAUAUGAAGCUGGAGCCAGGAGGAGACAGUUAGCUUAGCUUAGCAUAAAGACUAAAAGCAGGGGGGAACUGCUAGCCUCUAAAGCUUUCCAAUGAAAAUGUUACAUCUCAUUUAUUUCAUUAAAUUUUAUUUAUUAAUAAAAAAAAAAAGUAAAAAGUACAGUUUUGUUGUUUAGCAGGUUGGUGUGUGCUGAUAUUUCCAACCGUAAUGCCAAAUUAAGCUAACACGUUUUAGCGGCAUUCUCUUAGCUCUAGCCGCUUUCUUGCCAAGAGUUAGAUGAAAAGAUUGAUAGCAUUUUUAAUAUCUGUAUGCCAAAUAAAAAGCCACAGCUAGCAGCUCAUUAGCUUAGCUUAGCGUAGCUUAGGGUGAAAAAGGUCUGUUGUAUCUUGCUAGUAUAAUUGGUAAGCUAGUUAACUGUGACUGUAUAUAAAGAUGGACGACACGUCUCCAAAUCUC